AAAUGUCAAAAUCAUUCGAUUUUUUCCAAUCUCAGAUCUCAGCUGUCUCGUUUCUUCCGUCGCCAAUUUAAUGGUUAGCUUAAAUGGGCCAGCAUUUUGCUUGAGUCUUUUCCAGGCGAAAUUUUCCUUAUAAUUACACAAACUAGCAGUGGAAUUAUAAUAAAUCAAGUGUAAACAGUGGACCACGUGAGUAAUGACCAGAAGUUUGUUCAAGUGUUAAUUAAUCGAGGUUGAAAAAAAUUAGAGCAAAUGCCAGAGUCAAGGAAUGACGACGGUGGUGGGGACGGAGGAGGUGGUGAACCAAAAACCGCAGCACCAGGAGAAGGACAACCCUUGGUGGCCUCGAACAAUCAACCGGCAAAUGCGCAAGCACAAGCACAGCAACCUUCAAGGGCCGAGUCGUUUUUUGCUAUCGCAAAAUCUCUGAUCCUGCGGGCAUUGGUCAUUUACUUUAUCUCUUCGUUCUUCCGAAAACCUGCACCGGAUGCAGCCGUCAAUCAGACUGACGUCGGGAAGAGUAAGAUUGUGGCGUGGAACCUGUUCGACAAUGGGACCAUGUUCGAUCUGCACGUUUACGUAUCCGAGGAUCCCCGGUGGGUCGAUUUUGGUAACCCGAAUGCGCUGGUUUGGUUACAGGAAGAUUUGAUGUACGGAGAUUGGUACGGUGGACGAAACGGAGAUGGUAUUUUUACCGUCAACACACAGAUUAAGGCUUCGGAGCGGUUGAUGAAUAACGGAUCGUUAUAUUUGCAUACGUUCGUGACUAGGGCAGGGAAGAGCCCCAAUCCGGCGGCUGGAGCUGAUUAUGCAGGGAAGAACAUGGGUUAUACGAGUGCGAUGCUGAGCAAGUACAAGAAGAUAAAGCGAGUGAAGACGCACAAUUUGUUAGCUGGAGAAAAGGAAAAAUUCGCAAAGGAACUGGAUAAUGCGCUGGCAGAAGAUCGGAUAUUCUCUCAUUGGCAUCCGAAUCUAACGAUCAAUUUGGUGACGGAUCAAACCAAUUGGGUCAAAGGGUCGGUUCCUCCUCCUCUGGAUGAAUAUGUGAGAUUUCUUCCGGGAGGACAAACCUAUCUGCCGGUUGUAUUCUAUAACGACUACUGGAACAUGCUGAGAGAUUAUCAGCCUAUCAAUCACACGACACCUGUUUUGGAACUGAAUCUGUGCUAUCAACCCCUGUCUUUGUUUAAGUGGCAGCUCUACGCAGCACAAAGUAUGCGAAACAAAUGGACAAACAACAUUUUUGGCGAAGCGCUUGUUGGCGGCACUGAAUCGGAUGAGGACCAAGACUCACUCAAAGAGACACUGCUGGAAACAAAUCCCUAUCUGCUGGGUAUUACAAUUGCCAUCUCGAUUUUGCACAGUAUUUUCGAAUUGCUCGCCUUCAAGAACGACAUCCAGUUCUGGAAUAAUAGGAAAUCUUUGGAAGGUCUUUCCGUUCGGUCGGUAUUCUUCAACGUAUUCCAAUCGCUGAUCGUACUUCUUUACGUUCUGGAUAAUGAAACUAAUUUCAUGAUCAAGAUCAGCUGCUUCGUCGGAUUGGGCAUUGAAGUUUGGAAAAUUCAGAAAGUUAUCAAUAUAAAUGUGAGUCGCGAGAAUUUAGUUUUUGGCUUCCUGCCACGGAUCAGCUUUUCCGAUAAGGGAUCCUACGCUGAUUCCAGCACUAAACAGUAUGACAAUUUGGCCUUCAAAUAUCUUAGCUGGUUGUGUUUCCCGCUGCUGUUGGCCUAUGGCAUUUACUCAGUGAUUUACCAGGAGCACAAAGGAUGGUAUUCAUUCGUGCUGAAUAUGCUGUACGGUUAUCUGUUAACGUUUGGAUUUAUUAUGAUGACACCACAGUUGUUUAUCAACUACAAGAUGAAAUCAGUGGCCCAUCUGCCCUGGCGAAUGAUGACCUACAAGUUCCUGAAUACCUUCAUUGACGAUAUUUUUGCAUUCGUCAUCAAAAUGCCGACCAUGUAUAGGCUGGGUUGCUUCCGUGAUGAUAUCGUCUUCUUCAUCUUUCUCUACCAACGCUGGAUCUACAAGGUCGAUUCGUCACGCAUCAACGAGUUUGGAUUCUCGGCCGAAAUGCUUGAAGAUGCUGAUGCCAAGUCAAAGCAGUCGAACGCGUUAACUGACGGAUCUGCACAGCCUCCCUCAGCAGCCAGUGCUGCCGGCGGGGGUACAUCCUCGGAUGAGUCCAAGAGUCAGCCUGCCUCACCGAAUGCGGUUAAAAAGCGAAGGAACAAAAAAUCGUCACCCAAAUCGGACGCCAAGUCUAAUGCUACUGCGAACAAAAAGGUCGACUAGGUGGUUGUCUCAAGCAAUAUGGUAUUAGUAGCUGAUGGCUUCACGUAGUUGGAUGUUGGUGCUGCCAUCUGUCACACACUGAUGAACUAUUGAACUACUAAAUUAUACUGUUGUUUUAUCGCUUCAAUACCUGGAAGCGAUCUAGUGAACUAUGUUUUUAGCUUAUGGAGAACCAGUAGCCUAAUCACGAUCCCCAUUAUCAUAAACGUAAAUCAAGAUAUUUAAAGCUCGACAGGCGGUAGAAUCAUGCACUAAACUGGCGACCGAUUAUACAUAUAUCCACUAUAUUAAAGCUAGGAAGGCAGCGUUCCAAUCCGCAGCAAGAAAUGUGUAGAAAAAUACGAAUAAAAUACCUAGAGAUAAAAUAUUGACGUCGGUUACGGCAGCUAAUAAACUAGGUGUAUCACAUACCACUAUA